AUGACCAGUGAGAUUACAAUAACAUCCACCGUUUCAUCUGUGAGUUUGAAUACAGAAAAACAAAAUAAUACAAAACAAAAGCGACUCGCCAUUGAAGCGAUGAUCAAACAAAAUGAUAUUCGAGUCACACUGGUAGAGAGUACACGUAGAACUAACAAAAUAUCUCCAGUUUGGGAGCAUUUCAAAUAUAUACAUGUUGAUGGUGUUCGCCAAGAAUUUGUUCAAUGUGCCGAUUGCAAAGUGAUUAUCGGCUUCAAUACAAUGAACGGAACAAAUGGAUUGAAGAAGCAUAUUGACAGUUGUCCGAAGAUUAUGAAUUCGAAAAGCGGCGUUCAAUCGAAUAUCACUUCACAUUUCAAAUCUUUUAGCAAAGAUUCUUCAUGUAUUCCAGAUCCCUUUAUCAAGUUAAUGACCAACACAAGUGCUGAACAAGUAGCGCUCGUUCUUUGGAUUCGCUGA